CGAAAAUUGAAAGAAGACAUAACUAACACAACUUAAUUAAACAUGUGAAUUGAAGAAAAAGUGAAAAACACUCCUAAUCACACAAUAUCAUCUCUUAAUUUAAUUUAAAUUAAUAAUAAGGUCAUCGGAGUCGUGUAGUCGUGUGUGUUGUUAUGGGCUAAGUUCCAAGUUAGCGCCUCUGUAGUCUGUACUCUGUACUCGAUCUGUAGUCCAAAAACAGCAUGACCCCACACCAGCAUAGUGAGCUACUGAGCUCUAUUUAACCCCCUUUACUCCGCUCCCAUUUUUCCACACCUCACACCUCACACCUCACUUCUCAAAAUUCUUUACUUUUCCUUUGCGACUAAAUUAAUUAAAUUAAAGGAACCCAAACCAUGUCUCGUGUUGUCCAUCUUCUAGUUGUCCUCACCGUCUCCUCACUUGUAUUUUACUCUACCAUUGCCCAUCCUCACGGCGGACAUGGUUGGACAGAAGCCCACGCCACCUUUUAUGGUGGCGGCGACGCCUCUGGCACCAUGGGCGGUGCAUGUGGGUACGGAAACUUGUACAGCCAAGGGUACGGCACAAACACAGCCGCGUUGAGCACAGCACUGUUCAACGGAGGGUUAAGCUGCGGCGCGUGCUACGAGAUGCGGUGCGUGAAUGACGCAAGGUGGUGUCUGCCGGGGUCAAUAAUUGUGACGGCCACCAAUUUCUGCCCACCAAACAAUGCGUUGCCAAACAACGCAGGAGGGUGGUGUAAUCCUCCUUUAAGGCACUUUGACCUUGCUCAGCCUAUUUUCCAGCAAAUUGCUCACUACAAGGCUGGAAUUGUCCCUAUUUCCUUUAGAAGGGUACCAUGCAUGAAGAAAGGAGGAAUCAGAUUCACAGUGAACGGUCAUUCAUACUUCAACCUGGUAUUAAUCACCAACGUUGGAGGUGCAGGGGAUGUACAUGCAGCUUCCAUCAAAGGCUCCAAAACUAAUUGGCAAUCCAUGUCAAGAAACUGGGGUCAAAAUUGGCAAUCCAACUCUUUUCUCAAUGGCCAAAGCCUUUCCUUUAAGGUCACCACCAGCAACGGCCGCACCGUCACCGCUCUCAACGUCGCUCCUCCUACUUGGUCCUUUGGUCAGACUUACACCGGUCCCCAAUUUUGACUCUUUUUUACUAGACCAUAGUUCACUAUAAAGUGUAGUGUUUUUUAUUUUAUUUUAAAUAGUGUGGGGUCCACAUUCCACAAUAGUAAGGGCUAAUUUUAUUGUAGCCCUUAUUAUUAAAAGAAAAUAAAUGGAAUUGGGCUUGGGCUUGUUUUUAUCACAUAAAGCCCAUUUCAUUCAUUUUAAAAAAUUUCAAGUAUGGGUCAUGGGUUAUUAUAUUUCUGUCCUGGUAUUAUAAUGGGACAGAAUUAGGGCAGGGGUGGGCUUUUACCACCCGCCAAUUUUCAAAUUGGUAAUUUAGGUUUGGGUUUAGUGUCUGUUUGUCUGUUGGAGUUGGUGUUUAAGCAAAAUCAAGUGUAAUCACUGCUUUUGCAGUUAAGAUAUGUACUUUGUGAGUGUGUUUCAAGUGUUAAUUAUAUAUCAAGAGAUCUUGUUAGUUGUUAUGUUA